UUGAUGUAACACUCUUGUCCAAACACCUCCAUCCGUCCUUCCACUCUGCUCAGUCUCUCAGUGAAUCUCAAGCGCCUGUUCUUCGAUCGUGAAUCAGACCGAAAUCGCUACUAUGUUAAUUAAAGUCAAGACACUGACUGGGAAGGAGAUCGAGCUGGACAUUGACCCUGAAGACAAGAUCACUCGCAUCAAGGAGAAAGUCGAAGAACAGUCCGGCGUCCCCCCUCCCCAGCAACGGCUGAUCUACUCUGGGCGUCAAAUGCCCGAUGACAAGACUGCCAAGGAUUUCAAUAUCAACGCCGGCGCCGUGCUGCAUUUGGUGUUGGCCUUACGUGGCGGUUGUUGAGGAUUCCUUCGAAUACACAGAGGGAUACGAUUGGAGGAGAGAGAGAGUCACUGCUGUAGAUUGAUUGAAUCGCUAACAACUGAACGACAUUGUAACAACCUAAUAUAAGGCCCAUGCGGUUUCUGACCAGCCACUCUUGUCAGGCUCUAGCCCUUC